AAACGGUUGAUGCCUGUACUGUUGAAUAGCCAGGCUGAUGAGGCGAGAGAGUGGGGAUAUUUCCGGGAUUAUUGGACAGUUUCAACGUAUUCUUUUCAUCAAAUGAGAUGUAAACAAGUGAAGAUGAUUAUAAGGAUAUUUAUGAUUACGGCAUUUCUUGCUAAAUUAGGAGAUUCACUGAUUGUGACUCCAAGGGACUCCUAUUCCAGGUUUGAAGGUGAUAGUGGUUUCUUCUACAAAUGUGAAAACCCUGAUAUCAGUGGUCCCCAACCAAGGUGGGAAGAUCAACAAAGCAAUGCUAUAACAGCCGGGAGUGGCAGAGUGUACGUCACUGAGACGGAAAGCUCUACAGAAUGUGCAACCCCGGACACACUUUGUCGGUUCACCCGAAUCCAUUUUAGAAACGUUUUGGGCGGCGAUGCGGGUCUCUAUUCGUGCCAGGCGCAAGGGCAUCAAACGAUAACGAGAAAUGUUCAAAUCUUCAAAAACAUUGAAUUUCCUCUCUAUGAUGGCGAUGAAGAGGAGCAGUCCCUUAUCUACAAUACCACUUCAACAAUCUACUGCACGGCCAGGCCUCUCGAUCAGGGACUGCAGAUGUUUUGGACGAAAGAUGCCGGUUCCGUCGGAAGUCCAACAAAAUUUAUUGAGGCAUUUGGCCAGCUCACUGUGAAAAAUGUUGAAGUUGACGAUGAAGGUGAAUACGGCUGUACAGCCCAUUAUCCAGAAACAACUCUGAGUGUUGCUAAGUACAUCACUGUGCAAGUACAAGUUCCACCUAAAUGGGCUGGUACCCUCCCAUCCCAACGGGACGUUGUCAUCAACUCAGACGUGACCCUGGUGUGCGUGGCCACUGGACGACCCGACCCACAGGUCACAUGGACACAUGUGAUCGGUAGCGACCGCGAAGAGAUCACCAACAUUCCAGAUAUGUACGAGUUGUCAUCUGUUGGAAAUAGGCAACUGAGGAUUAUAAAUAUUCAAUUACCGCAAGACGACAAUGGAAUCACGAUUGAAUGUGCAGCGAGUAACGACCCUUUGGGAGCUAGGACAAGUACUGCAAUCACGCACACCAUCGAGCUCAAUGUGCUCGUACCACCGGUCCUAACGCAACAACAGAUAUACACCGUUGAUGAGACCGCUGAAGGAGGCAAUACAAGAUCUUUUGAAUGUGCCAUUACUAACUUCCGUUCAGAGGCUACCCUCUCGUUCAGACGUGGGGGGCGUACCGCCAUGCAUGAGCUGGAGCUAGGUUCUCAGCCUGAUGAUUCCAGGGUCGUUGUGACACAGAAUAGCGCUACCGGGGCCCUGACUCUGACCAUCACCAACAUCCAACGAGAGCAUGAAGGUACCUGGACGUGCUAUGCUGAGAGCCCCGCCGGCGAUGUCUACGUCGAUCACAUGCUCCUGGUUGAAUACAAGCCUAUCAUAGACCAGACGAGGACCCCAUUGACCACUGUAUCGUGGGUCGGGAGACUGACGAACCUCACCUGCGUGUUCUUUGGCUACCCACUUCCCACCGUCAAAUGGACGAAGAAUAAUGUAGAACUCAUUGAUGGUUUAGAUGUGACAGUCAUUGACGGCCUACCUCCAGGAACUUCUGUAAUCCAGAUCACGCCCGAAGACGAGGAUUUUGGAGCUUACUUUUGCAAUGGCUCAAACACCAAGGGCUUCUUGAAUCAUCGACAGGAACUUACUAAAGCGGAGAGGCCAUCCGCACCUGUAGGCCUACGCAUCACAGACGUAACCUCGUCAACCAUGUCUAUUCAGUUUAGUCCGCCAAAUGACGAUGGUUCGCUUCUCAUCACUGGGUAUACCAUUGAAUACAAAGUCCGCACCGAUUCAAGACCAACCAUUCUUGAGUAUGAAAGUUCUGUAUCAGAUGAAAUGACGUGCCGACGAAUGAUCCUUCCAAUGUUGACCGGUGAAGAGUUACAAUGUACAAACUACUGUGAGGACUCUCAGUUUUACAUUUGUUGUCCGGUAGCAGAUCGUAGCAUCUGCCUUGAUAGACCUCUAUAUGAGGGUGUUAUCGUGGUCCAUUUACGAGGACUGCGGGCUCAACAGACGUAUGAGGUCCGUGUUGCUGCUAGAAACGAGCUCGGACCAGGAGAUUUCUCGAACGUAGAAUCGCGCGGCACUGAUCUUUUCUCUGUGCCAGAUCCUCCCAUCAUCAUUUCCAGUAGAGAGUCUGACCGAAGAGAUCGCUACAUCCUUCGUUGGCGGCCUCCUUAUGAUGACGGAGGGUCAAAGGUCAACUAUUAUCAUGUAAAAUAUUCCCAGUCUCGAGAUAAGGAUGUAGAAGAACUGUCACCAAGACCAGUUAGUGUCCGCGUUGAUGGGAACGCUACAUCAGUACAACUAAGUCCUCUAAACCAAGGACAAUAUUACUUCAUCGAGCUGACUGCGGAGAGUAACCUGGGUUUCAGCGAUCCAUCCUACUUUGUGAUCGAGACAGCUGGAACAUUCUUUUUCAUGACAACUCCUCCAACACGACCAAGGAAUGCAGGAUUUUGGGGUCUCUUCAACGAGAACACCACAGUCAUUAUCAUCAUCGUCAUCGUCGUCCUCAUCUUUGUCUUCAUCAUCGUCACCGACGUCUGCUGCUACUGUAUCAAUGACUGCGGCUUGCUGAUGUUCAUUUGUGUGACGUGCUGCGGGAAGACACCGCCCUCUACGAGACAAGAAAUAGAGCUCGGCGAGAAUGAAUAUGGAACUGAAAGUGUGCGAGAUUGGGAUAGUUUGGAAGAGGAGAAGCAUCGGUUUGAAGUCCGUUGACAGUCUAGAGAGGGACCCCGCCACAUGUGAAUGGACAAAGGAAUUCUCGCCAUGUAAUCAAUUUCCAUAGUUGAAAUAAGUAUAUUCCAAUUCCUAAACAUGCCAAUUUAUAUAAAAAAAUGUUCUUCAUUUAAUGUUUUUGAUUAAAAACAAUCAAUUGUUCAGUAAUGUUUCUGCAGAAUGAUGUUUCAUCAUUUUGGCUAAAUUAUACUUGUUUGCAACAGAUGAAGUAGAGGUAUGUAAUUUUAUAUGAAAUUUUAUUCCAAAAUGCCAGAAUCAAGUCACAAGGGAUUUUUAUAAGCACUUAAUAAUCUAAUACUCAAUAUAUCAUGUUUUCUACUCCUCUUCCUCAAAUGAAUUAUAAAAUGAAAUUGAAAAAAAAUGAAUCAGAAUGCUGUUGUCCCUUGUAGUGGAUGAGCCUUUAUGAUGAGAAGAAUUUAACAAUUCUACAUUGUGCAUUGAUUUUAAAGAGAUUUAUCGCCAAAGUGGUUUCAAAAAGCUGUUUGGUACCACAAAGACCAGUGCCGGAUAUAGACGUACACAACUCUAAAAGUCGGACGCAUCUGAGAAUGAGUCAACAAUGGUACGCCAGGCUUUGCGAUCUGAUAUGAGAGUUGGUAAAUCAUGUAAGAAAUUAUGUAUAGACAUGGUCAACAGAUUUGACCUACUCUU